UUUGGUUCUCUACGGUAGUUGGCGCUAGUUGCUAAUAAAAUGACGUCAUUUGUGUUUUGUUGACGAAAGAACGAGAAGGAACAUCGCAGAGGAGUCUAAUUUCUGCAACAAUCUUCAGAUUAUUCAGUUUUUGAAGGGUGUGAGAUUUGGAAACCAAGAUGGGUUGCGACGGAGGUACCAUUCCAAAGCGUGACGAGCUGGUCCGUACAAAGAAGAAACCAGAGCAAAAGGACCGGGAGAGCGAGUUGUCUUUCCGCUGGAGGCACUGCACCAUCACCCAGCAGCCUUUGCAGAACCCGAUCGUGGCGUGCGGCCACGGCCGUCUGUACAGCAAAGAAGCUGUGCUGGAAGGUCUGCUCGACCGCAGCAGAAUGCCAGAGGGGGCUCAGCACAUCACUUCACUCAAGGACGUCAAGCAGCUUAACAUGACCCCCAAUCCUGCGUUUGCCAUCAAGGCCAACGGAGAGAAGGGCGAGAGCGGAAUCUAUCACGAUCCGAGAGAAGCGCCUUUUGUUUGUCCGGUUAUUGGAAUCGAGUUCAGCGGAAAGUUCAAGUUUGUCUUUUCCUGGAGCUGCGGCUGCGUGAUUUCCGAGAGGGCCGUUAAAGAGGUGCCCUCUGAAAUUUGCCACAAGUGCCAAAAGCCCUUCGUGAAGGAAGACCUUGUGUACUUAAAUGCUGAAGGGGAAACUCUGCAAUUGAUGAUCACAAGAAUGCUGGAGAGAAAAGCAAAACUCAAGGCCAGCAAGAGCAAGAAGAACAAAGUUGAAACUGCAACUUCGAGUUCAUCGACUACCGCUGUGGAACCACAGACGUCCAGCUCGGAAUCGGCUUCCACCUCUAAUAAUACAGAUGACCUAAAAAGCGUUCCAUCCACCAGCAAACCUUUGAAAAGGGCACGAUCACCUGAAAGGGCAAAGGCCAAGGACCUGGAGAAACUGACCGACCCCGGCUACAAGAAAGCGAAAUCUCAAUAUAGUGUUGCAAAAGACGAUAAGGCUUCGUCGGUGUUCAAAUCACUCUUCACCAGUCACGACACGGCCAAGAACCAGACUAGGGCCCACUGGGUGACCUACAACCCGUUCUACAAUUAAAGUGAAAUUAUUUUUAUUAUUUCUUUCCAGGGAAAAUUGGACAAUUAUAAAUUACAAUUGGUUCAACUGUGAUGAGCUGUUUUUAUUUAAUCAUCAUAAAAUAAAUUUUUAAAUCUACUGUGA